UGAAACUGACCGCGACCUGAAGAUGAUAGAGGAGCUUGAGGCGAGGAGGACAACGUCCCGAAAAACAAGGACAAGGAAUCUCCUCCAAUAAAAAUGUUGAAUUCGCUCACAUUACUCCUGGAAAAAGUGUUCUUCCUCACUCACCUCAAUGCCUUCAGGCCCAGUUUGUUGUUUUCAGACACAGACAGAGCGAGGGAGAAGAAGAGAGUUACACAUCACUGCGAGAAUGAGGGGUGGAGAGAGAGAGUCCCGGAUACCUCCGCCGGGGCCGCACUCCCAGAGUCCAUAUACCAACGGGGCGACUUGCUAGAAGUGCCCCGGACUUUAUUCACUCAUUUUGGCAUCUAUUUAGGAGACAACCGGGUGGCCCAUCUGAUUCCGGAUAUUUUGCCACUCUUUACAACGGACAAGCGUUCAAUCCAGGUGAUGGUAACAAACACACGCUUAGUUCUCGGAGUUUUAUCCAAGAGCGCCAGCAUUCGGGUGGAUACUGUUGAGGACUUUGCGUAUGGAGCAUCAAUUCUACUGAACGCUAUGGACACUACCGUGCAGAAACGACCGUUUGAUGGCGAAGAGAUCGCGAGUAGAGCGGAGAAACUUGUUGGGAAGAUACCGUACAGCUUGCUUUGGAAUAACUGUGAACAUUUCGUUACUUAUUGCCGGUAUGGCAUUGCAAUCAGCAUUCAGACUGACAAGUUCUGUGAUUGGCUGAAAUCUGUCAUCCGGGAUCACAGGAGUGUUCCGCUGACGGCGUUCCUGGGAAUUCUGUCUGUGGUCUAUCUCGGAAUGUCGUCCUACACCGCCAUACCCACCCUCCUCAUCCCCUUCACCCUCUGGAUGGCUGGCUGAUUCUGGGAAUUCAAUAUUGGACUUGGAAUGAUGGAAUUUUAUAAUAUGUAUUGAAGUGUAUGUGCUGUGUUUUAAACGGCUCCAGAAAUGGGCAGCAAUGACAGCAUUAUGACAUCACUAUGACAGCAUUAUGACAUCACUAUGACAGCAUAAUGACAGCACUAUGACAACAUUAUGACAGCAUAAUGACAACAUUUUGACAGUAUUAUGACAUCACUAUGACAGCACUAUGACAGCAUUAUGACAACAUAAUGACAUCACUAUGAGAGCAUAAUGACAGCAUUAUGACAACAUUAUGACAUCACUAUGAGAGCAUAAUGACAGCAUAAUGACAGCAUAAUGACAGCACUAUGACAGCAUAAUGACAACAUAAUGACAACAUUAUGACAUCACUAUGACAGCAUAACGACAACAUAAUGACAGCAUAAUGACAGCAUAAUGACAGCAUUAUGACAACAUUAUGACAUCACUAUGAGAGCAUAAUGACAGCAUAAUGACAGCAUAAUGACAGCACUAUGACAACAUAAUGACAACAUAAUGACAGCAUAAUGACAGCAUAAUGACAGCAUAAUGACAGCACUAUGACAACAUAAUGACAACAUAAUGACAGCACUAUGACAACAUUAUGACAGCAUAAUGACAGCAUAAUGACAGCACUAUGACAACAUUAUGACAGCAUAAUGACAACAUAAUGACAGCACCAUGACAGCAUAAUGACAACAUAAUGACAACAUAAUGACAACAUUAUGACAACAUAAUGACAGCAUAAUGACAACAUAAUGACAGCAUAAUGUUCCAUUUUUCAGAAAACUUAAAUACCGGUCAUUAACAGUUUCUGUACCCGUCUCUAACCAUGAACACUUUGCACAGAAUUUAUUUUUCACAUUGUAACAACUUUA